CGUCUUCCCACCGGACACUCUCUAGCGCCUUGUCCUCAUUAUUAUUAGCUGUAUGCUAGUCACCCACCACCAACCACCUCCACUUUCUUCCACCACUCUCGUGCUUCCCUUAACAAACAUUUCAUCUUCCCCUCUUUCCAUUACUGCCUUGUCGCGACAGUUACAUCUCGACAAUGUUUCCGUGGCGGCGCAAGGCCGCGCUUGCCCCGUCGGGCUCAGGCUUCGAUGAGAAGCAAUCCUCGGCAUCACGAGGCCGCCUGCGAGCCAUGGGAGCCUCCAUCCUCGCCAUCCUCACCCCCGACUUCCUGGGCUCCUCGGCCAGGGCUUCGGCAGCGAGUGGGAAACCGCUGGGCAAGACCGCCUACCUCGACGGUCUGCGCGGCUUCGCGGCCUUGAUGAUCUACCAGCAGCACAACAUCGACUACGCCCAUCCCGCCCAGCGCGACAUCAUCCACCAUGCCUUUGGCUGGGAUGGCCACAAGAACUUCAUCACCUUCCCCUUCAUCCGCGUCUUCUUCCACACCGGCAACCUGGCCGUCAUGCUGUUCUUCGCCAUCUCCGGCUAUGUCACCUCCGUCUCGCUGCUCAAGCUCGUGCAUUCGCGUGACAUUGGCAAGGUUGGCCAGCGCAUCGGCGUUGCCAUUCCCCAGCGUUUCAUCCGACUCUGGCUUCCCGCCUGCAUGGUUUCGCUGACCUUUAUGUUGUGUUGGCACAUCUUCAACAUCUACCCCGACGGAACCCAUUACCCUCCCGCAAACUCCUUCCUCGCCGAAAUCCCCCGCUGGAUCGGCAACUUCUUCACCAAGUCCUAUCUCUUCUCCAAAGAGGCCAUGCGGCCCAAUGACAUCUACGACCCGCAUCUCUGGUACAUCCCGCUGCAGAUGCAGGCAUCCGUCCUCACCUACAUCAUCCUGCUUUGCAUGGCCGCCUUUGGCAAAUACCCCGCCAGCGCUCGCAUCUGGAGCAUGUUUGCCCUCUCCAUCUACUUUGGCUAUUGCGUCGAUUCAUACUUCUGCGCCCUUACCACUUUCGGCAUCAUGAUGGCCGACAUCGACAUCCUCUCCGGCAACGGCACGCUGCCCCGGCCCUUCAGCUAUAAUGUGGGCAAGUACUUCUGGUACCUGCCGCUGCUCGCCGGCCUCUGGCUGUCCACCUGCCCCUCCUACACCCACACGCGCGAGUUCGCCAGCGACCCGGGCUGGUACUGGCUCACGUACCUGCACCCGCGCGCCUCCAGCAACGCCCCGCACUGGUACAAUGCAUGGGCAGGCGUGCUGGUGCUCCUCGCCAUCCCGCGCAUCCCCUGGCUUCGCUCCUUCUUCGAGCUCGGCAUCCUGCGCGACUUUGGCAAGAUCACCUUCAGCUUCUACCUCGUGCAAGGCCCGCUGCUGUGGACGAUCGGUGAUCGCCUUUACGCCGCCGUCGGCCGCAUUCGUCCUCGCUCCCCUGAGCUGAUCCCCUUCUGGGUCAACCUCUUCGCUCUCCCGGAGUGGGGUCCCCUGGGCCUGGAGGUCAACUACCUCGCCGCCAACCUGCUGCUCUUCCCCUUCAUGGUGUGGAUCGCCAGCAUCGCCACCAAAGUGUUUGAGGGCCCGAGCGGCCAAUUCUGCACUUGGCUCUUCAACCCCGAACGCUCAUGGGAGUCGAAGCAGGAGAACAAGGAUGAAGCUCAGGAGUCGCUGCUGCCCAUGACGGAGGCGCGACAGCCGCUUGCGCCUGUUGCGUCGUGAUCUCGCCGCUUUCAUCGUACAAAUGGUAUCCCUUUCAUUUCUUUUCCCCGCUAUUGAGCCCCGCUUGGAAGCUUUCACAAGCCAUUCAUUGAUCUGCUUUUGGAUUUGGGAGAGGGGCGUUGGGGACGGAGACAGAUAUCCUUCUACAUAAUGACAAUGAACGAAUUGAAUUACCU